CGUGAAGUAAAUAAUGCUACAAAAAGCAAAAUAACAAAGAAAUACUAGAUUGGUUUUUUGAAAAUGUCGCAAACACACCUCUUGAAGUGUUUAUCUAGGCUUUGCAUAGCGAGAAACGAGCCGAAUUAUUUACGUAAUAAUGUUGCAUUUUUGGUUAGGAAUAGUUCUACUAAAACUUCGAAACAGAAGACUGCUUCUUCUGUGUACCGUGCUAUGAAUAUAUUUGAUAGGAAAGCGAAGGCUUUGCAAAGGGAAAGGUCAGCCAGAAGAGAAGAUUAUCACUUAGCUGAGUAUAUAAAAGAAGAGAUUGGUUGGAGGACCGCCGAUCGCAUUUUGGACAUAAAAAGAGUGUUUAAAAAUGCUGUAGAACUUGGAGCAAGCCGUGGUUAUGUAUCCCGUCACCUACUACCAGACAGUGUAGAGAAGGUGACACUAUGUGAUACUUCAAAGACACACCUGGACAAAGCUAUUGUUGGAGACGGAGUCAAGUUUGAAAAGAUUGUUAUGGAUGAGGAGAAUAUUGAUUUUCCAGAGAACAGCGUAGACUUGAUUGUGUCAUCUUUAGCUCUGCACUGGGUGAAUGACCUACCAGGCUGCUUCGAUAGAGUCAUGAAGUGUUUAAAACCUGAUGGGGUGUUCAUGGCGUGCGUUUUUGGCGGGGACACGCUAAUGGAGCUACGUCAGGCGCUGCAACUAGCUGAGAGCGAACGUCUCGGCGGCAUAUCCCCACACGUCUCGCCUUUCACAAGAGUUCGAGAUAUCGGGGGGUUGUUGUCUGCGAGUGGGUUCACGUUGCAGACUGUAGAUGUGGACUCCAUAGUAGUGUGGUACCCGAGCAUGUGGGAGGUAAUGAGGGAUGUGAGGGCCAUCGGAGAGGCUAAUGCAGCCCACAACCGACCGCUGAGGAUCUCUAAAGAGGUGCAGUUCGCCGCAGCCAGUAUUUACGAUGAAAUGUAUGGGAAGGAAAUGCCAGACAAGAAAGUACGCGGUGUGCCUGCUACAUACCAGAUCAUAAACUUUUUGGGUUGGAAACCAGACCCCAGCCAACCCAUACCCAAAGAAAGAGGCACUGGUCAGGUCUCGUUAAAAGACCUACACAGAAUCGAUGAAAUUAUCGACAAACCAAAAAUUGUGAAACUGACUGAGGAAGAUAUGAAAUAGAUUUUUUUUGACCUGAUGGUAAGCAAUAAGCGCAGCCCAUGGACGCCCGCAACACCAAAGGAGUUAAGGGUGCGUUUUCUUUUAGGGCUAUAGGUUUCGGAUAUUUAAGGAUUUGGGGGAGGGGGAGGGAUAGGGCCUCCGGUAACCUCACUCACACGAUGAAACACAAGGAUGGGGUUGUUUCACGCCGGUUUUCUGUGAGGACGUGGUAUCACUCCGGUCGAGCCGAUCCAUUCGUGCCGAAGCUUGGCUCUCCGGUCUCCCACACUUAGA